AGAAACAGAUUGCUAAGCUUGCUAAUUCUACAAUUCUCUCUCUCUAGCUCUCUCAGUACAGAGGCUGGCGUACUGUUUUCUGCUUGACUUUUCAUCUGUUGUUUAUUAGACCAGGAGUGCUGUUUGAUAUCAGUGAAGAAGUUGGGUUAAGUGGUUGCCAUGCCAACCAGGCAACCACCUCGCCGCCUCAACUCCCUUCCACAACUCAACACUCCUAAACAGGGUGAACUAGGAAUUUCAAUAAAAGGGAAUGAUAUUCUGAAGCGAGGAUGUAAGAGUGGGAGUCACUAUAACAAACCUCCUCCACCACCUCCCUCCACCUCCCCCCGCAUCCAGCUGAUAGACGAGGCCCUCUUGAGGGAGCAGCAGAGCAGGGAGUCCAGGAAGGAGUCCCGGGGACCUUCAGAGCAAUCCUGGCGACCUGCAAGUGUUGUCCGGAGAUUAGGUGAUGUCGCGGUCCCUUCAGUGGCUGAGAGUACAGCUGAUCUUCUGGAACUUACCCGGACAAGGAAUGCUCAUAGGCAGGAAUCAGCGGAAGUCAGCAACAUCAAGAACCUAUUUGCAGGCAUAGUAUCAGGAGAACUGUCAGGGCCUCCACCGGUUACAAGAAGUGUGGCUUGCAGUCCUCUGUCGAAUUGGAGCCUGAUGUCAGAGGACCUCCUAGAGCACGUGUCCCAGAGAGUGGCCACAGAACAGCAGCUCCCCAGCAGGAGCUCUCUCAAGACAUCCCGUCCCUCCACCAGCCACUCUCACACCCCGGCAUCACGUGAUCACACCCCAUCACGUGAUCACAUAAUGAGUCCCCACGCCCUGUCUGUUACCCGCCCUCCCUCCCGGGCGCAGACUGCUUCUAGCAUCGCGCGGUCUGUUCGUCCCAGAAGUGCGGUGUCGCGUCCCCCGAGUGGUUCCUCAUCCAGGAAGCGACCCCACUCCGGCCCGGUAACCCCGGUAACUCCUGGAAACAGGGCUUCUCAACCGAGUAGAGCUUCUUUAGCUAGCAGGGGCAGUCGCCCGGGGAGUGCAAGAAGUGCCAAGACAAAGGAAGCGUUGUCUUACAGAGAAUCCUUAUCGGAAACCGGGAUAUCCCUUCCUACUCACGCUGUCGAAAAGCUGGUCUCGUCGUACGACAAAGUAUCCAGAGGAUCAUGUUCGAGAAUGUCUGAUGUCAGCUUAUUCUCAAACGAUACCCAGGAUAGCUCACCACUUUACAAUGUCAUAAGACAGAAGGUUAACGCAGGGUAUCUAGACAUGGUGAAAGCGUUUGAAGUUUACGAUAAAGGAAACCGAGGACUUCUAUCCAGAGAAGACUUCAAGCGAGUUUUGAGACAUUUCACUGUCGAUCUCACCAAAUCUCAGAUUGAGACCCUACUUCAAAGAUCUGACUUAGUGGACGCGUGGAUAAUGGACCGAGUACCCUACAAGACCUUCCUCCGCAAGUACAUGGAGAGAGGCAGGAGCGGUUACGUGAAGAACUGCUCCGAUCGCCCACAGACUGGGGACACUGAGUUCGCGGACAUUGCUGAGGCACGACUCUUCGCUCAGCUCCACUCUGACUUUGUGGACGUUCUUGACAAUUUCAGGUCUUUAGAUAAAGACGAGACAGGCUGCGUACCGUACUCUGACUUCAAGAAUAUCAUGUCAGACUACGGGUUACAGAUUCCAGGUCCACAACAUGAGGAUGACGUUGUUAAUUAUGUGGAUUAUCUCAACUCUGUCGCCCUUCUACCUCCGGAAACUCCAGCUACUAAAGAGAAAACACGACCACAGACCGCUCCUCCAGCCAUGGCGUUGUCCCACGCUUACACGACAGCGGAGGAGGACCCUGACAUGCAGUUUCAACAGCUGAGUUUGAACCUACAACCGGUUCACAAGGAUCCGAGACAUAAGGCUCUUGUUAAGAUUGAGAACUGUAAACUUCUGAAGGGAGGAACGAGAAGGCCAGUAAAUCUGAAUAUUACCAGCAACACUAUUCAAGGGCAGAUUUUCAGGAAGUUUGGUUCUGACACGGCCCCUCUGAGACGAGUAAUGCAGCACUACGACACUCAGCGAGACGGCCAUAUCAACAUCGGCACUUUCCGGGACUUGCUCUCCCAAUUCAACAUCAAGGUGGAUGAGAACGAUUUCUACCACGUGAUCAACACAUACGACACUGGUUUUAAGGGAGUUAUACCUUACAGAAAGUUCCUCACAAAACCAGCCUACUAAGCAGCACUCACAGCUUCUGUUUGUCAGACAUUAUUCCCAUAUUGUGCAAUUGCUAGUAACAUGUGCUAGUAACCUGUAACACGUGCUAGUAAUAAUAUGACAAGUUUUACGUCCGCGCCCCGCGGUCGUUUGGGCUAGUUGAGCGAUCGCAGCAGUGUUGCUGAGCUGUAAUCAAUCUUUGUAAUAUAAUCUGAAUGAUAUGUUUAGAUUUGUGCGUAGUCUGAUUGACGAAAGAUUGACGAGAUGAUUUUCAUCAAUCAGUGCAAGGCUGUUAGUCGUAGGAGUCUGCAAGGCCGUUUGCGUAUGAUAUUAGUUCGAUUGGAUAGAUUUUGUUUACCUUUAUUAUAAUGUUUAGGAACCAAUGUUUAGGUUUGUUAUGCAGGUUUGUUAUGUGGAGGGAUAUACAUUUUCAAUUUAUUAAUUCGCAUUACCCUAAUUACCCUAAUUACCCUAAUUGACCCCAUAUUCUUCACGAAUUAAGUUUAAUGAGUAUUUUUUAAGACACUCACUCGUUUGAGUUCUGACAUCCUAACAUCUUAGAUGUGUUCAAAUAAUAUCAUAGAGGAAAACGUUUGUGUUUAAAAGGGAAUGCUACCGGUUCCGUCAAAAUGGGGCCGUCAAAAUGUUGUAGAAACUUUUCUAUUUUAACUGCAUAUUAUACCGAAUACAGAAUGGUAUCUAUGCAAUACAAAAAUAAGAAUUUUAUUCAAACACAUUUGGACGGCCGUAUUACGACGGUACCGUUAACAUAACUGUAAUAUCUUUUUAUAAUUCCACUAGAGUUCUAGCUGAGAUUGGUCGGUAAAUCACAAAUGAUCAGAAUAUCAUAGAUCUGGAUACUUCUUGGGGGUGAAACAUAUUUGUUUCAACAUGCAGUGACAGUGAUUCUAGGUUUUAAUGGUCAGGACUGGAAAAUGAAGGCUGGUUGGGUGACCGCUGUCAGGUAGAAUAUACUGAUAUACUGAACCAGUACAUCCAGAUCUGUAUCUGCACUAUACCCAGCCCCAUCACGGUGGUGAUCACAAAUCAAUCAGUCAUACUUUAUCAGCGUUGGGUCGCACAUUAUAGGUAGCGUGAUGAUUAUAUCUUUAUAUGAAAAGUUGUUGAUGUUUUGAAAUAGCUAUUCUAAAACUUUAAUCUGAAAA